AUGUGGGUAUGGGCCUUUGGCUGGCUCGGGGGCAUCGCCUCCGAAGAGUUCGACAUCAACAAAAAUGGGCUGCAGUUUGUGUUCAUGAUCCUCGAGUUUCUCUGGAUGAACGAGGAGCAGCUUGGGUUUGAUGCGACGAUCACCACGGCAAACAAGGAGCGCUUCAUUGAGAUCAAGCGGAAUGGCUGGACAGAGCGGAUCAUCAUCGACAAGGUGAUGCAGCACGCGCGUUGCACAGCUGGUCGGGCGACGACUUGCUGGAAAGCCCAUCGCAAAAGACAUCGGGAGAUACUGCUUGUCAUCAAGGAUUCAUGGCAAUACCCAGAACGCGACGAUGAAGGCAACUUGUUGCGCGAGGUGACCGAUAAAGGCGUCGUCAACGUGGCCAGGUACUAUCAUCACGAGGUCGCAAGACAGGCCGUCGAGUCAACCCCGGCCGACUAUCUAGCCAAGGCAGCCUGUUUAGACAAACUCGGAAUCAAUCUUUUUCAGCGGUAUGACUCAUGA